UCUCGUAAAAAUCCCCAAUGUUCCUUAAAAAUCCCCAACUUCUCCUAAAAUGGCCAACUUGUUGAUUAGAUUCCCCAAAGGUAUCAUUUCCCGAGGACCGCCAUGAUUCCUAAGUUCCCUUUACCCUACCCAAUAUCUCCUAAAAAUCCCCAAUGUUCCCUAAAAAUCCCCAACUUCUCCUAAAAUGGCCAACUUGUUGAUUAGAUCCCCAAAGGUAUCAUUUCCCGAGGACCGCCAUGAUUCCUAAGUUUUCUUUACCCUACCCAAUAUCUCCUAAAAAUCCCCAAUGUUCCUUAAAAAUCCCCAAUAUCUCCUAAAAUGGCCAACUUGUUGAUUAGAUCCCCAAAGGUGUCAUUUCCCGUGGACCGCCAUUAUUCUCAAGUUCCCUUUACCCUACCCAAUAUCUCCUAAAAAUCCCCAAUGUUCCUUAAAAAUCCCCAAUAUCUCCUAAAAUGGCCAACUUGUUGAUUAGAUCCCCAAAGGUAUCAUUUCCCAAGGACCCCCAUGAUUCCUAAGUUCCCAUUACCCGCCCCAAUAUCGCCUAAAGAUCCCCAAUGUCCCUUAAGAAUCCCCAACUUCUCCUAAUAUGUCCAACUUGUUGAUUAGAUUCCCCAAAGGUAUCAUUUCUCAAGGACCCCAUGAUUCCUAAGUUUUCUUUACCCUACCCAAUAUCUCCUAAAAAUCCCCAAUGUUCCUUAAAAAUCUCCAAUAUCUCCUAAAAUGGCCAACUUGUUGAUUAGAUCCCCAAAGGUAUCAUUUCCCGUGGACCGCCAUGAUUCCUAAGUUCCCUUUACCCUACCCAAUAUCUCCUAAAAAUCCCCAAUGUUCCUUAAAAAUCCCCAACUUCUCCUAAAAUGGCCAACUUGUCGAUUAGAUUCCUCAAAGGUAUCAUUUCCCAAGGACCCCCCAUGAUUGGUUCCAAAGGAAUUUAUUGCUGUAUGUUUUACAACUGAGCUGAGAAACAGGCUCUGUCCUAGUGGGAAUGUAAUGCAAGAAAUAAGAAGAAUCAUUAUCCCAUCACAUCAUACAAAAAAAAAUUAAAUGCAUCAAAAGUGCAUGCUCUAAAUUGCCGCACGCACAGACCCCCCCAUCUGAACAGCACCGCAGCAGAGCUACGAGUGCGAAGGAUUUAAAUGGUUGCUCUUGUAAAUACACUUUCGUCGGCGCUUUCCUUUCGCUCCGUCGAAAAACAAGUUAACUGCACGUCGCACUUAGUAUGCGCAAAUCCAAACUCCGCCUCGAAUGAUUCCACAGGCGGAGAUGUGACGCGACAAAGAGCGAGCUCGUUUUCUGUAUGCGAUGACAUCACCAGCAGCCAAGCCACCAGCAGUAGUCGUCCUCAUGCCGUGGAGCAACAGCACACGAACGCACGACGGAUAGGGUGAUGACCAUUGUUUUGGCAUGAAGUUAAUGCAAUUUGGAACGUUAUUUUCAAAAACAUUUUUUGGCUUAACUACAAAAGAUAGAGUUUUGGUGUCAAAGAAACAUUUUUAGGGAACAAGUUCGUGCAUGUUUUGUAGAAGAACUUUUUCAACAAAAGCUUUAUUUUCAUAUUGAAAUCAUCAAAAAUGUCCAAAAAAUAGCCGAUUUUUUCGACCAAUUUUGCAUUAUUUUUCAAUUUAAGGCCUUUUUUACUAUUUUUACAAAGUUUACGUCCAAGAGACUAAGAAAGUAGAAGUAAUUAGCUUUCAAUUCGUGCGCUGAGAAAGUUUGUACGAUUGAUAGUUUAGUAGAUAUAGGACUUCAAAGAUAACCAAAAAUUAAAAACUUAAAAUGUGAUUAACUCACUUAGCAGUGAUUUCCGACCCUAUGUUCCAUGGGAACUUUUUCAUCUCUCAUCAAGACCUAUCAGCCCUGAAAAUAUCCAAAACCCGGAACCAAACACCCUGUAUAUGCAUCAUUGGUACAAAUUUGGGCUUGAUUGAUUAAUAUUUCGCAAAGUUAGAACCAUUCGGGUAAAACACCUUUUUUAGACAACGCAUUUUUGAGGUGUCAUAUCUCGGAAACCAGUAAACCGAAUUGAAUGAAAUUUUGAACGUACACUAACAAUAUGUAAAUGCUUCCCAAACUAUUAAAACAUAGAUACUUUUUAAACGUUGAAAAAAGUUAUCAUGGAUUGACACUUUUUGGACUUUUCUCGAAAAAAUGUAAUUUUUUUUCAUUAAUGUGAAUAAAUUUUAGUGUUGAUAUCCAAAGAUUUUCCACUUCUGUUCUCAAAUUAUCUCUAAUCAGAUAUAUUAGAGCCUAUUUAGAUUGAAGGAAAAACAUAUUUAAUAAUUUUUGUGUGGUAUUGUUAAUUUUACUUAUUUUCCUCUAUAUGGGUAAAAAUUUCAACCCGAUAUAACUUAAUUCGCCGUAAAAAAAUAUUACAUUUUAUAACGUCGUAUUGAGUAUCAAUAUAUUGUUGAUAAACGUUAAAAAAUUCAUUCAAUUUGGUUCACUGGUUUCCGAGUUAUGACAGCUCAAAAAUGAGUUGUCUAAAAAAUAGUGUUUUACGCGAACGGUUCUAACUUCGCCAAAAAUUAAUCAAUCGAGCCCAAAUUUGUACCAAUGAUGCACACAUAAUAGAUUGACAAACAGUCAAAAUUUGAGAUUUUUUGAUGCACUCUAUGAAAAGUUACAGCAUGUUGAAUUUUUUUGUGGGAGAAAAAAAGUUGCCUAUCCCAAACAUUCUGGCCAUCCCCUGUACAUGAAACUGUGUAUUGGUCGGAUAAUAGUACAGUUUUAUCAUGGAUUAAAUCGGAUCCGCGGAACUAUAAACAAUUUGUUGCUUUUCGAGUUAGUGAAAUUCAGGAUAGUAUUUCCUCAAACCAAUUGAGAUGGAUUGAUAGUAAAAACAAUCCCGCAGAUGAAGCUACUAAGGUGACUGAAAGGAAAUCCAUUUGGUUAGAUGGACCAAGUUUCCUAAAACAGCCCGAAGAAACUUGGCCCAAAAUGAAUGGUUCAUUGAGAACAAAUGAAGAAUUGAGACAUGUUAAUCUCAUAAUGAGUGCAGAAAUACUUGAUUUUGAAGCCAUUCAAAUUAAUUGGUGUUCAAACUGGUUACGUUUAAAAAGAUCAGUUUGUAUGGCCAAGAAGUUCAUUUAUAGGUUACGCACAAUAAAGCGAAAAUUACCCUUUGAUUUAUCUUUAUCUAAAGGUGAAUUAGACUGGGCGUAAACAAUCCUGAUCAAAAAGGCUCAAAGUGAAGUGUUCCCAGAUGAAAUCUCAUGUUUAACGCUUUCUGGGAAAUUCUGAGGAAUUUAAAUCCAGAUCUAGAUGAGAAAGGUAUAUUGUGAUCAAAUGGAAGACUAGCAAACGUUUAGUGUUUGUCUGCCCUAGCAAAAAGACAUAUCAUAUUGCCUCAAACGCAUCAUGUGACGAAGUUAAUUUUACAACAUUAUCAUGAACGUUUUUAUCAUCAGAAAUUUGAACACCGAAUAUGAAACACCGAAUAUGAAAGCAUUUACGUUCACUGGCGUUGAUUACUUUGGUCCAAUAACAAUAUCAAUAGGGAGAAGGACGGAGAAACGAUGGGGAGCGCUUUUCACGUGUUUGGUAACGCGAGCCAUCCAUUUAGAAGUAGCCUUGGACGUAAGUACUUAUUCUUUUUUUCUUUGUCUAAUGAAUUUGCAACACUUACGCGGAAGAGUUGCUGAAUUAUAUAAUGACAACGGUACAAAUUUUAUUGGUGCUAAUAACGAGCUUAAGAAAAUAAAACAAAGGUUGGCGUCUAAAGGAAUCGAUUGGUAUUUUAAUCCUCCCCUGUUACCACAUUUUGGCGGAGCUUGGGAAGUAAUGGUUAAAGAAACAAAAAGUUUGAUGAAAUUCUUUCAGGGUACAUAUCGUGAACAUACGCUUAGAGCCACGUUCAAUGAGAUUGCAUUUAUUAUUAACUACAGGCCAUUAACGCACAUUGCUUUAGAUUCUGAGGAGGAAGAACCAUUAACUCCGAACCAUUUCAUUUUAGGAUGUGCAGGUGAUGCCGAGUUAUCUUUGAAUGAUGUUAGUCAAGCUGAGGCUUUGAAACAACAGUGGAAAAAGGCACAAAACUUGACAUCUCACAUUUGGCAACGUUGGAUUAAAGAAUAUUUACCAACCCAAGUUCAAAGAACAAAGUGGCAGGAACUUCAGAAACCCAUUGAAAUCGGUGACGUUGUAGUAAUGGCGGAUGAAAAUCGAAAAGGUUUCCAUGAAAAGGGAAUUAUAAUCGAGGUAAGACCGAGCAAAGAUGGUCAAGUAAGAUCAGCAGUUGUGAAAACUUAUAAAGGUAUUUUUAUUAGAUCUACUGUUCGUAUGGCGAUAUUAGAUGUUAUGAAGAACACCAGCAAAAUUCAAGAGGAGCGCAAUAAUAUUGCGACCAAUAAUUCCAAUAAUUCAAGUAAAAAUAAUGCCAAGAAGGUUUCACGGUUUGGAAUGUUUAUGUCCGUAUUAUUGACUAUGUUAUACGUUAACACGGUGAAUGGAUUAAAAAUUAAUCCUAUUGAGGAGGAUGGAAUAAUAGCACUAGUUUACAAAAUACAACGAAAGUCGUGAACUUCUGUCAACGACAAAAAUUUUUGAAGCAUAAUUUAGCGCUGAUUUUUGAACCGUGCUUCAAAAAAUUCAAAGUAGAACAGUUUUUGAAUUUUAGCUCAAUAUCGAGUUGAACAACUUUUUAAAAUAUUGAAUUUAAUUAAAAUCAAAUAUCUUGCGUUUUGUUCAACCAAUUUUAAAUCUUUGCAUAAAUUAAAAGGUGAAUAUAAUACCAUUCGAUCAUCUGAAUGCAGGUUUGGCGUCAGAUUGAUGAAUUUCAAGAUAUUGGCGAGUGUUGGGGACGGUCUGCUUAAAUUUUAGCAAAAUUUCCAAAAAUAUAUGAAGAAAUGUAUUUUUUUCAAUAAGAAAAAAAUAAUUUAAAAAUUCUUUCUCAACGUUUAUUUGACAUAUCAUAUGUAGGCGAGUUACAGUAAAAAAUUCAGCUCAAUCGGAGCAUUGAUUACAGAGAAUGAGAUGUGUGAAGUUAGCGACUUUGCUUAAAAAUAGAACAAAAAUUGAUUUCAAAACAUCAACCUUGUAUGGAAAGUCGAAAAAAUUUCCGCUCUACUGUAUUUUUUUUGCUUCGCGUUUUCGAACUCAGGGCAUGAUUCUACACCAAAAACGAUCAUCAGCUUACCGAGCUCAAAAACGCUGUAAACUAGUGUAUUUGAUCAUAUCGGAAGUUGUUUGAUAAAACGAGGCAUAUGGAGAACACAGAUUACCAGUUCCAUCGAAUGAUAUUCUUCAAAUACAUCAUAUGCAUAGAAAUUUAAAUGAAGCCUUAAAGUUUAUUGGUAACAAAACAAAUGAUAAAUCAAUGGUAAACCUAAUUUUAUCAAUUGAGCAGCAAUGCGAUAAUGUUCUUCAAAAGGUUAAGAUCUUGCACAGAGAAAGAAGAAGUGGUGGAAUUCUUGGUUUCUUAAAAAAAAAUAUUGUUUGGCGGUAAUGACAUAGAAGAGGAGUUACAAAGUGUCCGAGCACAUGAAGAACAAAAGCUUCAUGAAUUAUCUGAAAUUACUUAAGCGAUUGACAUCAAAGCAGAAAGGAUGGGUAAUGAAUUCAACAACCGGAUUUAUAACUUAAAGAAGGAAAUGGUCGAACUACAACAAAAACAUACACCGCAACGUGUUGAAAUGUUCAAAACCAAGGUACUUGAAACAGCUACAGUAUCGGACAAUAAAAAUGCACCAGAGCCGUUUUCCCAUACAAACUUGUCAAGUUCAGCCUGUCAUGUCUCAGUUAUUUCUCAACCGGUUGAUAUCAUUUUUCUGUGACGAACUACAAAACAUUUCAACUUUUAAAAACUAUUGAAAAAGUUCUGAGAUAACUAUUGAUGCAAAAGUUACAGAUAGGUUGAAUUUUGACAAUAAAAAUGCAAAAGAGACAAAAAAAUGUAUAGCAAAAAAUGUUGAAGACAAAUCAUGUUGGUCUCUUCAGCAAAAUUAUUCAUCAUCACACAAGAAACAUAUUUGCCCAAGACACCAUAAUGAUAUGACGUUACCAUUUUUUGCUACAACAUUUUUUGUCUUGGUGCAUUUUUAUUGUCAAAAUUCAACCUAUCUGUAACUUUUGUAUCAAUAGUUAUCACCAAACUUUUUCAAUAGUUUUUAAUUGUUGAAAGGUUUUGAAGUUCGUCACAGAAAAAUGAAAUCAACCGGUUGAGAAAUAACUGAGAUAUGACAGGCUAAACUUGCCAAGUUUGUAUGGGAAAACGGCUUUAAUGCAUUUUUAUUGUCCGAUACUGUAUGCUGGCAACAGAAGUUUUACAAGCUAUGUCUAAUAAGUAUGAAAAUUUAAGAUCAAACCCGUUGACCGGAGAAGAACUCAAUAAAACUUUGAAGGGAAUACAAGAGAAAAUGCCAAAUGGUUAUUCUGUCUUAUCUGAUCCAAAAGCCAUUAAAUUCGAAACAAAAAUGGAGAAUGGAACGAUGAUUAUUUUCAUGGACUCAAUUAUCGUGAAUAGAGACAAUUUUGAGCUUUUUAAUGAUGAAUAUAAAAGAAUCAGUAGUUGCUAUCAAUCAUUUGGAAGAAUUAUUUUACCCUAAGGAGAAUAUGAAGAGCUUUAAUAAAUCUCAUUAUAUGAUUGACCAACCAGUAAUAAUGAGAAACGCUGAUUGUGUAGUUGCUGCAAUCCUUCAUAAUAAACUAAAAAUUAAAUGUCCAUCAAAACGAUUUGAUAAAUUGAAUACACGGUUGUUUUCUUUAAAGGAGCAGAAUGUUAUUUUGUAUUAUACUAGCAAUGCGAAAGAUAAAAUUAUUCAUUGCGAUGAUGUUAUCAUCUCCCCUUCAUAUAAGAUUGUGAAAGUAACUUUGAAACCGGACUGCUUCAUUAGAACAAAACAGUUAGUUUAUUAUGCAAGAAUGAUCGGCGCGACAAAAAAAGCAAAUACAUUCUUUGAACCAACGAUUCAAUUGCCCUAUGAAAUAGAUUAUUCAUUAAUUAACACAACAAACGGAACAACGCUAGUAGAGAAACUUAUGUCGAAUUCGUUUAUUUGCACCGCCUGCACCGCUUUGCCACCGGGUGUAGCAAACUUGCACCGAAACCGUUCGUUUUUUCGCAGGUACUGUUCUGUUUUGACACCCGAUUGGCACCGGUGCAAGAAAAUGCUACACCCAGUAUGAGCGCGGUGUAGCAGGUACAAAGCUAGUUUUACCAAUACAUGCAUGCAUAUCGCUGAACUUGUAUCGUGAUUUUGUUUUGGUCGGAAUGAUGAUUUUCUCUUCGGCAUUCAGGUAAACAGUUUUCUUGGAUAUUCGUUUAUUUUGAGAAGUUUUAAUUUCCAAACAGCAAAUCUGUGCGUUUAAAAAUUAUUUAAACUUGAUCGAUGAUUAUCACGUCUUUUAUCUUCUAAGGAAUCUAAAAAAAUUAUCGGUAACAUGAAAUUUAAAAGAGUUGAUUCAACGUACAUUUUUCCCAUCACUUUUUUUUAUUAUCGCAAAUAUGUGGAUUUAAUGAUUUUAAUCAUUAGAAUUUUCUGUCGCAUGGUGAACUAUGAUGUAUGAAAAAAAAUUACGUAAUAAUGAUUUGAUAAGCCCAGAAUAAAAUAAAAAUCUAUUUAUUCAAAUUGGACUGAAAUAUUACUGAAGUAACAUUUUGUAGGUAUAGUUUCAAAAACCGUAAAUUCUAUUAUUUUUUUCUUACAACAAAUAUUGAGUUUUUGAAUUACAUUGAACGUCAAACAAAUAUCACUACAGGAUGGUUAAAGCGUUUUUAAUAUGAGUUGCGUUUCAAUAACGUUAUGUUUUUGAAAACAUUUAUUUAUUUUCCUUUUUACGUUGUAGCUAAACGUUUUCUAUUAAACUGUCUUUAACAUUUUUUGUGUUAAAUUUGUGCACGUAGAUCGUUUACAAUUGUAUGUUAGCAUAUUUUUUUAUUGGACAAAGGAAAUUGUUAAUUUUGUUAUGUCUUAACUUAUGAGAUUUUCAUCCCAAGGUUGGUUCAUCUCAGAAUUGUUAAAUUCUAAAAAGUUGCUUUUAACCCUUAUGUGGCCGGCAGGGUACCCGGGUACCCAGCACCCAUUUAAAAUACACGGUGUAGAAAAAAGCAAAAAGUUUUCCGGCCACAUAACGGUUAAUUGAAAAGUUAUGAUAUUACAAGAAUUUGAAGAAGAUAAAUAAUGUAGGAGUGUUAAAACAUUGGAUAACAAUUUUCAAGUAACAUUUAUCAUUACAAGUUUAUCAUGUACAAGAGAAUUACUGAAAACUUUUAAAAUUGUUCAAUUGUAUAUAGAAAGUAAAAAAUAAAAAUAAAUAAAAAUAAUUUUGUUCAUCAAGGAAAUCAUGAAAACAUUGAUUAUGUUUAUUUUUGAUAUCCUUUAUUGUUUUCAUUGACGCGCUCUUACUAAUACCAUCAUAAGCUGUCAACAAAUUGCACCGAAACCGUUCGUUUUUCCGGUGUCAAUUGCUACACCGGUGCAGUGCGCCGUCGCGAAUAAACGAAUUCGACAUUAAAAAUCCGUAUGAAAAGGAAGCUAUGGUGUUUACGGAUAUUCCAGUUAAGACAGAAACAGCCAUGAUAAGAUCAGGAUCAAUUGUAACAAUUAUUAUUACAGUUGGAAUUAUAUCUUUUGAUAUGUAUAAAAAUAAAAAACGAAAUGAAAAUCAAGUUGAAUCAGGAAUAGAGGUUCCAACUAUUGCAAAUAAUCAGAGACGUAGACAUCCGCAAGGUUUAGACCAAGGAGUUUGAAUUGGUAAUCCAACGCGGUUGAAUUACGGGAGGCGGCAUGUUGACGACUGAGCAAUAUAGUUUAGCAUAAGGAUAAACAAAUGUACGUUUAUGCCAGGGUCAGAAUAAGAAGAUGCCUUGGUGCGUCACCGAAAGGCACCAAAUAAACAAAGCCAACGGUCGCCAAUGCAUUAGCUCUGGCAAAAGGAUGCGCUGCGUAGUAAAAGUACCUGAACAUGAGGCGACGGAAGAAAUGAUAAAACUACCCUUGAAGACGGCGUGGUAAUCUUGGCGUCAGGUCAGGUAAAGUCGUUAUUAUCAGGUAAAGCUUAGACAUAAGAAAAUCCAUAAUUGUAAGUAGAAAUAGGAAAUAAAGCAUUACUAUCUCAGCAUCGUUGGAGUUCAGUUCACUCUUUCAAAGUUGGAAAAAGAAAGUCCAUAUUUUUUAGUAAAUCAGUGUCAUCGUGAGACGAGUUUGAUUUCUUGGGUAAAGAAGUCACUACUGUAAAGCAAGCACGUGGAAAAAUGAAGCUUGUUUUAAACAAUAAAACGCAUGGUUGAUUUUUCAUUCCAAAGCUAUAUACAUUACAUAUCUUUGUUCAUACUUAAAAUUUAUCGAUAAAAACAACCAAUUACCAUCAUUCUAUAUAACGUUAGAAACUUCGUUUGUUACAAAAUGGGGAACACAAACAUGACCUGGAAGCACUCUCACAUUUUUGAAAUUCUUGGCCCAACAGCGCCACAAAGAGGAAGAGUAGCAAAUCCAUCUCCGCAACUUCCGAGUGCAGUUUUGGCCGUGAUGGAUAACGCACAGGUACUGAAGACAGCAUCCACAACAAGGUUUCGCCUUUUUUGUUUUUUAUUCGUUCUCCUUCCCAUCCGCUUGCUGAGUGUCUAUAAAAUAGAUUUUCGAGCUGCCUUAGGAGCUGCCGCAAUGAAUACAUUCACAUUCCGGCUUUGAUAGUGGCAAAUGUGCAGUCGUUUAAAAUAAUCCAUAAUUUUAUGAUAAAAACACCAAAACUCUGUUUGUUCUAAAAAAAACUGUAAAAAUAUCGUCAAGUGGAAAUAUUUGUAUUAUCAUGCAAUGGAGCAGUUCAGUUUAAACUAGAAACAAGUUGUAACGCUUAGUCACUUUUUUGGAAUUCGACAUGGUUUUUUCAAGAUUUUAGGUGUAAAUUAAAAGUAAUUAUUUUCAUUAAAUAUUAAAAAAAAAGGUUAACAUCGUUGAAUUUGAAAUGCACGGCUAAAUAAGGAUAAAAGCUCUUCUUUGUACUAAAAUAUUUAAGUCACUUUAUUAUACAACUUUCUAUAAAAGCUCAUUGAAAUAGGAUAAAAGCUUUUAAAGUUAUUUGUACUAAAAAGUUAAGGUGAAACAUAGAUGGCCCAAAGGAGUCGAAAAUAUGAACUGUGGUUAACUCGUCUAAAUUUUUAGUUUUGUAUUAGUAAAUGUCAAAUUACAUGAUCAGUAAAAUUUUACGUUCGAUCAAGUUUCGUAGAAUAGAUUCAGCCAUUACCAAAUCUGAUCGGCAAGUGAGCAGACAGUUAGUUUCGGUGAUAGUGCUUUCAAUUUUUUCAAUCUAAGGUGCGUCCAUCUUGGAUAAGUUUAAUUCGUUAAAAAAAGAACAGUUUUUAAAUUUAGUGAUCGCUGCAUGAUACGUAAAGUGAAAACGGUUUCGUUAAUUCAUAACUUUUAUUGUUUUUUUGCGUUAGUUAUUAAAAAUAGUUCCGGAUUUAUUUUAUCACCGGGAACGGAAACUCUGCUCAUCUGUGCAGUUCUAAAUCUGUACAAAAGCGUCCAACGGACGCUUUUUUGUACGGGCUUCAAGCCCGCAGCUACACACUCCGCCAUUUUGAACAUCCACACGACCACGUGGGACAUUUCCGAGGACGCUCGCUCAUCCAGGCCCGCCACAGAGCUGGCAGUCAAACGGGUGGAGAGGAUUGUCUGGCCUGCCCGCAUUCUGAGAGGAGUGAUCGGCUAGCGUACUUGGACCUGCCGAAACCCUUCCCCGCACCUUUAUUCCGGCCAUCAGUGAUUCGAGCUUCUUUUCCGAGCCGUCCCUCGAAGGAACGGGAUCCCGCCGGCCCCGGCGGCAAACCCUUGUUCCGCCGCUGCGCUCGCCAAGAACAUCGCACUCCGUCCGUGCACUCCUCGUCAGCUGACAGCAUAAGUUAAACCCUGCGCAGGUAUGUCCUCAUAAUCAUGGCCAUGAACACACUACACAACACACACUCACACACUCUCACACUGGAUGCUUAAAACGAAAAAAAUGAAUUAAUACAUAAAAAUGAAUUCAAACUCAACAUAUUAUGCUUCGUUCAUUUCAUGAGUACUGAGCCCUGUGGUAAUGUAGUCCGCCCGGGUAUCGUCACACUCUACGUUUCACUUUACGUUCUCUUCGGACACGUUUUCGUUCCUUCGCUUUGAUGCGUUCACCUCAGUUAAUCGUUUCGCUAUACUUUGUGGCCAUCGCUUUACGUUUCAAACCACCUAGCAACCGUUCGCUGACCCUAGACAAGAUUGCGCUCAUGCUUACAUAGUUUAGUUGGGCAAAUUCGAAUAAAACGACCAGUGGUCUCUCGGAAUCGAGAGUGGCGCUUAAGCCACUGAGUUUGCGUCAAGCUUUAAUAGAAAUCGACGAACGGUUACAAAGUUUGGCGCUAUAGUAAACUGAAAAAUCGGUUGAUAUGAACUAGAAUUUAAUUGUGUUAACAAUUUAUUUGCCUGCGUGAGGAAUGCGUUCAAUAGUGCCAGUUAGGUUGCUAUUGCCGAUGUCCAAUAGCUCCAUACUAAGGUACGGCGGCCCGGCUUGGGCCACGGCGAUAAGUAACAAAAGCUACCGUGGUAAGCUGGAAAGUACUCAUAGGCAAAUGUGCCUGAGGGUUGCGAGCGCGAAUCGUACCGUGUCACACGAUGCACUCUGCAACAUCACUGGAAUGAUGACUAUCAUUAUCCUUAUCAGGGAAGACAUAGAGUGCUUUGAAAUGCGCGACACAAGAGGCAUACGCAGAACUGCCAGAUUGGCCUCUAUGGUCAAAUGGCAGCACGCGUGGGACAGUUCCACCAAAGGAAAGUAGACCUACAGGUUGAUCCCGAGGGUAGAUAAUUGGGUUAACAGGCGCCAUGGAGAAGUAACAUUUCACUUGACUCAGGUCCUUUCAGGUCAUGAUUGCUUCCGACAGUAUCUACAUUGUUUGGUCAUCUGGUUUCUCCCGAAUGUCCGAUUUGUGCAGGUUUAGAGGAAACGGCGAAACACGUUUUGUUCGUGUGCCCUGCGUUUUCGCAAAAUGCGUGAGC